AUGAAGAUGUCUCUCUUGGUUCUUGGUUUAUUGGUCUUGAUGUUGAGCAUAUUGAUGAACGAAGCCUGUGCUGUGGUACCCCACCAGGGAACCCUUGUGCGGCAUCAUUUGAUUGGAGCUGUAGUGGCAUCUGCAAAUCGGUGGAGAGAAUGGAGGAGGUUCACCAGCGCUGUGGAGAGGGGGAUGGAGCAAUCUGGCAUACUAGUUUUUGAAACCACCUUCAAUUGGUUGUAUUAUGUUUGUGCAAUGUGUAAUCAUGUGAAUGGUUAGAGCACACCAUCUGCCCCAUUUUUUCUCAUUGUGUCUCGGGACGGCUGGUUGAUCAUUUAGUUUUUGACUGCUCACACGGACUCUGAUUAGAGAAAAGAAAUGAAUGAAUUCUUUAGUUUACAGUUGACUUAUAG